AUGCAAAUGAUGCAACUAUCACGAUUAAUAGCUGUACUGUAUUUUGUUCUAGUAAUUUCCGUAAGUGGAUUUCUAGAUUGUGAGAUAAUAGAAGGCUAUAUUAAAAAGAGAUUUAUAAAUCAUGUGACUAUUAUUGGUUGCUUCUCCAAGAAAGAACAACUAAAGAUUGUCAAAAAACUUACUUCAAAACUAAUGACAUCAGUCUUAAAUUUAAAUAAAACCAAUAUUCAUCAAACCUUAGAAACCACCCUUCAUUUGGGGGUCAUCUUAGAUGGAGACUGUAAUGGAGUAAAACAUUUUUUAUCAAUGGGUGGCAAACAUAAGUAUUUUGAUGAAAAGCACCAUUGGUUGGUACUUACAUCAACAACAAAUUUCACACAUCUUUUCGAUAAUGUGGAAAUCUACAUAAACGGUAACAUAGAAAUUAUUUACCCCGAGAAAAAUGUUAGUUCUGUCAAAAAUUAUACCAUACAAGCGGUUUAUAAUCCUUCUUCUAGCCAAGGAGGGUAUGUUAAGUUCUAUACAGUAGGUUUCUACAACACAAUGGAAGGUUAUACCUUUGGAGAAACAUAUCCUAAAUAUUCCUUGCGAAGAAAUAUGACAGGAGUGCGUUUGAAAACUAUGGUUGUGUUGCCCAUUCCAUUCAAGGGUAAGUUAUUAGAUUAUUUAGACAACGAAGAAAAUAGAGACAUCAAUACGUUCAAUCGUUAUCAGUACAAUUUGAUGUCCUUGUGUCAACGGUUUUACAAUUUCACAAAAGAAGUAACAAUUUCCACAACCUGGGGAUACAAAAAAGAGGAUGGCUCAUUCGAUGGCCUUGUAGGAGCCCUUGAAAGAAAGCAAGUAGAUUACGGAAGCUCACCUAUCUUUGUAAGGACUGACAGAGCAAAAGUGGUACAGUACGGAAGGAAGACUUGGACCUUAGGGGCAGCCUUCAUUUUUCGAAAUCCAAAAUCAUUAUCUUCUAUAGAAGGAUUUAUUAAACCGUUAUCCUCUUCUAUUUGGGCCCUGACGGCAGUGUCCGCAGUGUUAUUGAUAAUUCUUCUUAGACUGAGCUGUGUAUAUGAACAUCAAAAUAUAUAUCAACACGUGGAUAUGUCUUGGAGUUACUUUGUUGUAUGCAUAAUUGGCGCCUUAUGUCAACAAGGUAUGUCGAUUACACCAAAAUUCUUAUCAGGACGGAUAGUGACAUUGUUCCUGUUUCUCUUUGCGCUGCUCAUAUACCAAUUUUACUCUGCUAGUCUUGUCUCAAAUCUUCUGAUGGAGCCUCCGACAAAAAUUAAAUCUUUGGAUGAUAUCACUAGAUCAAACUUGAAAGUUGGUUGCGAGGAUAUUGUGUAUAAUAGAGAAUAUUUUUUGAAUACUAUAGACAAACCUUCGAGGAAAUUGUACUUUCAGAAGUUAUUGGGGCCGAAUAAUAAUUCACAUUUCUUGCCUCCGGAAAAAGGUUUAGAGUUGGUUGCCAAAGGGCAAUACGCAUUUCAUGUAGAAACAACCAUUGCAUAUCCCAUUAUCCGAAAAACUUUUAAAGAAGAUGCCAUUUGCGAGUUGAGACAAAUUGAAAUGCAUAGAGUGCAAUCGCUCCACACUAAUUUCCAAAAGAAUUCACCGUAUAAAGAGAUGUUUGAUAUAUGUUUACAGCAUUUAGCAGAAGUAGGAAUAAUGACCAGAGAGAUAACAUUUUGGCGUGCAGCAAAACCCGACUGUAUCCGUUCGUCAAAAACGGGCGCUUUUAACAUAGGGUUGGACGAAUUCUAUCCAGCUUUGGCUUUAUUAGGAUUUGGAAUAGCUUGCAGUGUGGUAAUACUCCUUUUUGAAAUGUUAUUCUUUUAUAAACAAAGAUGUGAGGAAAAACAGAAGGAAGUAUUAACAUAUCCAUUUAUAAAAUAA